UAAUUAGUUCCUAUCGUGCGAUAACGAAAUCCAUUUGAAUUCACACGACACUCCAAGAGCAAGCAGAACACAUUCAUGUCACGCUAGAAAUUGUGGACUAUAGAAGCGCGACAACUGGACAGCGAAUCUCGUACGUUUAGUUUUAUAGCGUCCUGUUGAUGUUCUGCAUAAUCUGCGGGUAUUAACAGUCGAACUCAUCUCGAUCGACGGCUACCAUUUCUCUGAGGAUUCCAUCACAACCAGUGCUCAUAGAACAGUAAUAUCGCAGUAAAAUUUUGCGAAUCCCUCGCGAGAAACAACGAAUGUGUUCGUAAUCGUGCGAAGUGUCUUGUCUAACGACGAAACGGGUUUACAAAUUCCUAGACUAAUCCGGUCUCGGAGUUAUAUGAGAGCGCUUGAUAUUUUUGAAACUCUGCGAAGGAGGUAUCGCGUACACAAGUGUUAAUAAAAUCUGGUGGUAAACAAGUUCUCCUGUGAGCCAAAUCUCGGUUCCGUGCCUGUCUGACAUCACUUCUAAUCAUCAAAUUUCAUGCAGUAAUCUGGUAGCAGUUUCAAAGCACGCCACACGAGGACUUGUGAGAGUUUUUUUUAUUUGAAUAUUUCUACUCUAAGCUGUAUACAGUUGUGUGUGCGUGAGUAUAGGACAACAUUACCGCAAGGUUUUAAUAAAUGCGCAAAGGUGGAGUCAUCUUACUCACUCGCUUGUGGUAUGGAUGCAUCUGGGUUCCUAUCACCGAAGGCUAAUGCAUUCUCAAUUGCCCAUCUUAUCGACGCUUCUCAAUGCAUACAAGACGGUGCUUGCAUGAGGAUGAACGACUUGUUUAAUUGGUCUUCUCAACUGUUGACAAAAGAGAUGGAAGAAUGCCUUCAAAACGCAGGAACAGGGAAGAAGGCUCCUAAGAGAUCAACGAGCAGCGAUGAUGAACGACCUUCACCAACCAUUUCACCAACGGUUGGAAGUUUUCCACCAAAAUCUACCAGCAACGCUGGUCGCAGUUUGGCGCACAUCAGAGUGGAAUUGGAAAUGAAAAGUUUAUGGGAAGAGUUUCAUUCCUUGGGCACUGAAAUGAUCGUUACCAAAGCGGGAAGGCGAAUGUUCCCGACUUUCCAAGUUCGUCUUUACGGCAUGGAGCAGAACACAAAGUACAUGCUGAUGAUGGACUUUGUUUCUGUCGACGAUAAACGGUAUCGCUACGCUUUCCAUAGCUCAAAAUGGUUGGUUGCAGGCAAAGCUGAUCCUAGUGUCCCUGGUCGUGUGCACGUUCAUCCGGAUUCGCCCUGUACUGGGACGCAAUGGAUGAAACAAAUUGUUUCGUUUGAUAAACUCAAGUUGACGAAUAAUUUAAUGGAUGACAACGGACACAUAAUCCUGAAUUCGAUGCACAAAUACCAGCCUCGUUUUCAUGUUAUUUUGAUCGAACCAGAUCUGGAACUACAGGGUCACCAAGUGGAAGACAUCAGUCCCGAUGUUAUCAGGGAAAAUAUGAGGACUUUUGUCUUUCCAGAAACGCAGUUUAUGGCCGUGACUGCUUAUCAGAACCACAUGAUCACUCAGCUCAAGAUCGCCAGUAAUCCAUUUGCAAAAGGAUUUCGAGAUUGUGAUCCCGAUGAUUGUAAUGUAGUUGAAGUCAUGAAACAAAUGGACAACAAUGUAUCACAUCAACCAUCGCGAUCUCGGUUACCAUCUAACAUUCCGCAUCAGUCACCUGAACCAGUCUCACGACCUCAAUGCUCUGGCGCACUUACCACGACAGUUGCUAUGACAAUGAAUGAUACAAACACUGUUCAAAAUGAAUUCAAUCGAUCUUGUACGCCACAUCCUUCGUCGCCAAAUUAUCCCAUGAUACAUCGCGUGGUGAACUCGCUCAACUAUCCCACAGCAAAUCAAUCCCCAGGGCCCCAGCGUGGGUACCAUCGUGUACAUAGACCCGGACCCUACCCGCAACAAAUGACCCGAUACAACCCUGUCGCAGCCCGCGACGAGAACGUCGUUACUCAGGCAUACACGGCAGCGAACACUCAUAUGUACUCAAUGAAUAUGUAAAGAGGUUCGUGAAUUACCGGUAUCUCCAGAGAGUGGAGUGGUGGUGGUUGUCGGUUGGUGGCUUGGUGCGAAUGUGGGUGACUGUAAAGUACUGAGCCCAAGAAAGGUGGUUAGACAACUUGGACCCAAUACCUUACACUUUCAGAGCACACGUGUGUCCGUACGAGUCAACAGUUUUGAAUCCUAGAAUUAGAAAAUGAACAAUUCUCUAUUCAUGCACGAAUCCUACGUAUUUACUUAGUAUUUUUACGAAAUAUGCAGUGGAUGUCAAAAACGAUAUCUAACUUUGACUUGCGCGUAGUAUUCAGACGUAUUUUUGACUGUGUAGAAUUAAGGUAGUUUAGUUUUCUUCUUCCUGUCUGAGUGUUAACGUUCCCAAGAGGAUAAUAGGUCUACAUCAUAUCACUAUUUAAUUCAAAUCUUUGCAUAAGGUUCCUUAAUCAGGGGGGAGGGGGGUGGCCCGGGAGACAAAGGUACCCCCCGAUCAUGGAUGAUGAACUUAGGACCUCCUGGAAUUUUUGAAAGAGAGAACUUCCUUUAGAAUGUCAAAUUGAGAAUAUUGACCUUUUGGCCCGACGCUCCAAGCAAACAAGCUCUUGCGAAAGAGGUGUACCCCUUCAGAAGCCCCCCAAGUGACUUUCCUUUGUUACAUUUUUAUAACACCAAGUUCGUUCCAAGGGUUCGUCUUGAAACGUUAACGACGGACACCAAUAUUCAACGAAAAAAAAUUACUUAUAAUCCAAUCAAUAUUUGAUUGUUCAUUACAUUCGAUUGUAUUUUUCAAUUAACACUAACCUAUAGCUAACUAGCAAAAUAUUGUUUAGUAACACUGACUAAUAUUUAACUCUAAUUCAGUAUAAAAUCCUAGAAAAAUAAAUUACAUAGACCAGUUAGAUAUUUGUUCAAAAAGCUUUAGAGAAGAGAUGGUAAUUGUUUGGAAUAAUGAUAUUGAUUUUAGUGAGUUGUAAAAUUAUGUAAUAUAUGUAUUUUGUAAUUUGAUUCUUCAGUAUAUAAAAUUUUGAUAACAAGAUUUGACUAAAUAAAUAUGCGCGCAUAGUUGAUGCCAAGAAAGCAAAACGAUAAAAGGAUCUUCCUUCAUCGAAGGAAGGAAAUAGUAAUAGAUAAAGUGAACU